GAGCGCAGGCGAGGAGGCUGGGGGAGGGGGCGCGGUGGGAGGAGGAAUCGAGAAGACAAAAGCGGAAAGCGAGCAGGGCCUGGGCCGCACACACCGGCCCGCUGCUGUCCGUGCCGCAGGGCACCGGCCAUCCCGGUCGGCGGGCGGCAUGGGGAAGGGGGGGAACCAGGGCGAGGGGGCCACGGAGCGCGAGGCGCCGAUGGCCACCUUCAGCUGGGAGGAGAUUCAGAAGCACAACCAGCGCACGGACAAGUGGCUGGUCAUCGACCGCAAGGUCUACAACAUCACCAAGUGGUCCAGCCGGCACCCGGGGGGCCACCGGGUCAUCGGGCACUACGCGGGAGAGGAUGCCACGGAUGCCUUCCGAGCCUUCCACACCAACCUUGAUUUUGUGCGCAAGUUCAUGAAGCCCCUGCUGAUUGGCGAGCUGGCCCCAGAGGAGCCCAGCCAGGACCGCGGCAAGAAUUCUCAGAUCAUCGAGGACUUCCGGGCCCUGAAGAAGACUGCUGAGGACAUGAACCUGUUCAAAACCAACCACCUGUUCUUCCUCCUCCUCCUGGCCCACAUCAUCGCCAUGGAGAGCAUUGCGUGGUUCACCAUCUUUUACUUUGGCAAUGGCUGGAUUCCUACUGUCAUCACAGCCUUUGUCCUUGCUACCUCUCAGGCCCAAGCCGGAUGGCUGCAGCACGAUUAUGGCCACCUUUCUGUCUACAAAAAGUCCACGUGGAACCACAUUGUCCACAAGUUCAUCAUUGGCCACUUAAAGGGUGCCUCCGCCAACUGGUGGAACCAUCGCCACUUCCAGCAUCAUGCCAAGCCCAACAUCUUCCACAAGGAUCCAGAUGUGAACAUGCUACAUGUGUUUGUCCUGGGCAAAUGGCAGCCCAUUGAGUACGGCAAGAAGAAGCUGAAAUACCUGCCCUACAACCGCCAGCACGAGUACUUCUUCCUGAUUGGGCCACCGUUGCUCAUUCCCAUGUAUUUCCAGUAUCAGAUCAUCAUGACCAUGAUCGUUCGCAAAGACUGGGUGGACCUGGCCUGGGCCAUCAGCUACUACACCCGUUUCUUCAUCACCUACAUCCCUUUCUAUGGCGUGCUGGGAGCCCUCCUUUUCCUCAACUUCAUCAGGUUCGUGGAGAGCCACUGGUUUGUGUGGGUCACGCAGAUGAAUCACAUCGUCAUGGAGAUCGACCGCGAGCCCUACCGUGACUGGUUCAGCAGCCAGCUGGCAGCCACCUGCAACGUGAAGCAAUCCUUCUUCAACGACUGGUUCAGUGGACACCUCAACUUCCAGAUCGAGCACCACCUCUUCCCCACCAUGCCCCGGCACAACUUGCACAAGGUUGCCCCGCUGGUGAAGUCUCUGUGCGCCAAGCACGGCAUCGAGUACCAGGAGAAGCCACUGCUGAGGGCCCUGCGGGACAUCAUCAGGUCCUUGAAGAACUCUGGGGAGCUGUGGCUGGACGCCUACCUCCACAAAUGAAGCCUCCGCCCUUGGGGCACCCGUGGGCUAGGGGCACAGGUGGGGAUGGUAGCCAGAGGGGAGGGUGGGCUUUUGUUUGGGGGGGUACCUGAGAGGCGGGGGCACACGCCGGCUCAUGGACCCCAGGUUUGGUCUUUCUCUCUCCUCUCCUUUUAGCCUUCACUUCUCCCCCCAGCACUGUGUCCUCCUGGGCCUGCCUUCUGUCAGCCCCAGGUCUCUCCCCACCGCUUCCCAAGGAGCAGAGAGAGGUGGCCGCAGGCAGUGGCUCUGUCCCCACCUCCACUCUCGACCCCUAGCGAUCUGAGACCAGAGGUCCACGGGUCUGGCCUGAGACUCCCCUCUUUGUGGCCUGGCCACUAGGCCUCACACUCCCCCCUUUGUCCCUCAGACACUCUUGGGGUCCAUGGGGCAGGGUCCUAGUCAGGCAAGCCUCCUGACCCUCCGGGCCUGGCUCCACGCCGCCAGUGGCCUGCCCUGUGUAGGGUGGGGUGCCUUGUGCUCUGGGUCUCUUUUCCAUGGCUGGGAUCAGUACCUGGGGCCUCCGUUUAGAUGUCCUGGGCCCUGGGCCCACAGCACAGACAGCUGAGACCUUGGAGCCCAGGGAGUGUCCUCCUCUGCCCCCCUCCCUGCAACUGGAGGUCUCAGAGCCAGAGCCUGUGGUCUUGGGGCCAAAGAGGGAGUACUUUGGGUGGGCUCAGCAGAGGCCAGGUUGGGGGAGGGGCUGGGUGGCGUGGAGGCUCAGCUCCAUCCCCUGCCUUAUUCAGAUGUUUGUCCUAGUUGGAAGAUUGAAGGUUCUGGACCCUUCUCCAAAAUGCUCCGUUACUUGCUGGGCAGGGCCAGCCAGUCCCUGGCCUCUUGGCUCAAGAGGCCAUGGGUGUUGCAGGCUGCAGGCAGGCACCCGAGCCAGGGAGGUCUUGCUGCAGCCCUUGCCCAUACUGGGGCUGCCAGUGUAGACAGCUCCAUCGCACCAUCCCCGGCUCCCUCUCCAGUCUUUACUCGUACUGUUUUUUAACCUUUUGCUACAGAAUACAUUCUUAUAGGAGGGUGGCAGCGGGGCUGGGCCUUGACAAUCUGCCUUACCACAUGCCCCAUGCCAGCCCCCCCAAGCCCCCGUGGGCUGAGCCAGAUUUAUUCACCAUGCUACAGUCGGGAGGAGGCAACUCUGGGGUGCCAGGGCAAAGUGGGAGCUGGGAAGAGGAGGAGGUCAGGGCUGGGGGUGAGGGUGGCUGAAGGGAUGAGCGAGGGGGGAGGGGGGAGGCUGCCGCUACCCAGAGGGACCCACAGCUGCUGCAUUCCGAAAUCUAACCCACUAACCAAUGUUUAGCUUCGGGGAGGGGCGAGGCAUAUCCGACUCAGAGUAGGGGCCUUUGGGGAGGGCUCCCAGUCCCCCCAGCCCUGGCCAGCCAGGAGGAACCAGCAUCCGACAUUGACAGGCUUCCGAGUUGCCAUGGCAACAGGGGCACCUGGGCCUAGCCAGCUACUGUAUGCUCCCCCAGAGUCAGGAUGAAUCCAUAGAAGACUGACUUUAAUUUUUAUCGUGUUAUUUCCCCACCCCUACAUUUUUUUGGAAAUAAAAGAAGUAAUUUUAUUCUCA